CAUCGAUCUGCAUCGGGACGUGUGUAGGGAUAGACCUCGACGGCAAAGAUAUUGCUCCACGUGGAAAUUAGUUACUGUUCCUGGACCUAGGAGAUUAGCGAGCUGUGUGGCUUCUUACAGGGCAAGUUCUCGAUUUACACGUCAACACGUGACACACGCGUCGAGCGCGUCUGCCCGCGUACGCUAGUGGCAACACCUAGAAAUCCCAUCUAGCAUCUGCCUGACAGUCCACAAAUCCCCUGACAUUGCGUACAGCCUUCGCCAUCCGAUCUUCAGGAACCCAUCGGUUACCCCGCAAAUCUUGGAGGCGACAUCCAACGACCGAAAACGCGAUUCUCGCGACCCCACGAAUCGCACGCGCAUCGCGCCUCACGCGUUCUACCGCACCUCUCGGUCGAUCGUUUCGCCACAGGUUGGAAAGCAACCCCUUGCCUUUGUCCAAACAAGAAUUGUAUACGAUUUACAAUGGUGCGUGGAAAGAAUGUCGAGAUCAGCGAGUAUGAGCGGAAACGGCAGGAGAAUAUCGCAAAGACGCAGGCGCUGCUGCGCAACCUAGAGAUGGAGGCAGCGGAAGCAGGCCUAGGUCCUACCGGCAAAGCCAAAACCUCUGUACCUUCAAGACCAAAAGUGAAGAAACCCGCGCCGAAGAAGAUCAAGCAAGAAGAAGUUGCGCCCCGUAGAACAUCUUCCCGAUUAAAAGGCAUAGUGGCAGACAGUGAGGUCGCAAAGCGGAAAGCAGAGGAUGAAUAUGUCGCAUUGCAAGCCGCGGAUCGUGCAAAGCGACAACGCGUUAGUGAUGCGUUCAAUUUCAGCGACAUAGUCGUCGCAGGCAAGGACUGGGAUAAGAGUGGAAACUUCCUUUCAGUCGGCCCUGCGGAUCCAUAUGCGCGGACAUUCGACUACAAUGACGUGAAGGAGACUACGGAUAAGGAACUGCGUGCCCUCAGAGAACGCAUGAGUGGUCUGACACUAUGGGAAGACUUUGAGCCGAAUGAGAUAAAGAUUACACCGGAGCGUAUAUACUCCAUGGGUCUCCACCCUACAACAGACAAGCCCCUAGUCUUUGCUGGCGACAAGCUAGGCAACCUAGGUAUCUGUGAUGCGAGCCAGAAGGUGGCAGAAGUCAAAGUGGAAGAUGACGAAGAUGCGGAGAGGGAGGGUCCCACCAUCACCACGUUGAAACCACACACAAGAACCAUUCACACCUUCCAAUUCAGUCCCCACGAUGCGAAUGCGCUUUACACGGCCUCGUACGAUUCCAGUGUGCGGAAACUAGACCUUGCCAAGGGUGUGGCGGUGGAAGUAUACGCGCCGUCUGACAAGGACGAAGAGGCGCCCUUGUCUGGACUCGAAAUAUCAAAAGACGAUGCAAACACGCUCUACUUUUCCACACUAGACGGCCAAUUUGGCAUAUACGAUAUGCGCACGCCCAAGGAAAAGGCAGCGGGCUUGCAAAUCUUCCAAUUGAGCGACAAGAAGAUUGGAGGGUUCACGCUGCACCCCCUGCACCCUCACCUCGUUGCCACGGCGUCUCUAGACCGCACGCUCAAGAUCUGGGACCUGAGGAAGAUUAGUGGUAAAGGGGAGAAUCGGUCGCCCGCACUCGUCGGAGAGCAUACGAGCAAGUUGUCCGUGUCGCAUGCUGCGUGGAAUUCUGCGGGGCAGGUAGCUACCGCUUCUUAUGACGAUACGAUUAAGAUCCAUGAUUUUGGUAACUGUGCAGACUGGAAGGUCGGGGUGGAGAUGGGGGAGGAGGAGAUGGAACCGAGUGUUGUUGUACCGCAUAAUAACCAGACUGGACGAUGGGUUACCAUAUUACGAGCCCAGUGGCAGCAGUCGCCUCAAGACAACGUCCAGCGCUUCUGCAUUGGCAAUAUGAACCGUUUCGUUGAUAUUUACACGGCGAAAGGACAGCAGUUGGCUCAGCUGGGGGGCGAGGGUAUCACAGCGGUGCCGGCUGUUGCAAAGUUUCACCCUACUGUUGAUUGGGUGGCUGCUGGUACUGCGAGCGGAAAGCUGUGUCUGUGGAUGUGAAGGAAGACGGAGAGGAGUAGAAAUGCGAAAAAAGGGAACAGAAGGGGAAGACGAGACUUGCAUUUUGAUUUACAAGAGUGAAUGCUGGUUAUUUUUGGGUUCAUGUUUCGUCGUUUUUGAUACCCUAGAGGUCUUUGUAGUUGCACUUGCUCGUCUCGUUGCAUCUCCUUUUAUUCUUUACGCUUGAGCCAUGAUAGUUCUAUCACGGUAGUUUCGGCUGGGGUACUUGGGCUGCUCUUCUGAAUGUUGGGUUAAAGGUAACUUGCCAGGCCGCGCGUCUA